AUUUUUUAAAGUUCCAUUUGCGAUUGCGCAUCAACACCAAACGCUCCCUUAACCCACCCAACCCAAACCCCAAAUCCGAAACCGUCCUAUUCCACGUUCGAAUCAGGGGCAUCUCUGAACUGGAAAAAUCAGAUGCCAGCGAUUUGAGCGAUACACUGUGAAGAAGCUGCGUAGUGCGUUUCGCUCUUCCAAAUGGCGGUUUCCGAUAGUCCAAGCGGUGCCUCCACGCCGCCACAACAGGAACAAGCCAACAAGUACGGUUUCACGAAGCCUCUAUCUCUCGCGGGUCCCACCGACGCUGAUCUCCACCGUAACAACGAAUUGGAGAGGUUCUUGCUCGAUUCGGGGCUUUACGAGAGCAAUGAUGAGUCCGCCGCGAGGAAGGAGGUUCUUCACCGCCUCGAUCAGAUUGUGAAGAGCUGGGUGAAGCAGUUGACGCGCCAACGUGGCUACACAGAUCAGAUGGUUGAGGAUGCAAACGCAGUCAUUUUCACUUUUGGUUCUUACCGACUAGGGGUUCAUGGACCUGGAGUUGACAUUGACACUUUGUGCAUUGGUCCUUCUUAUGUGAACCGAGAGGAAGAUUUCUUCAUCAUUUUGCAUAACAUUCUAGCUGAAAUGGAAGAAGUUUCUGAACUUCAACCAGUUCCUGAUGCACAUGUUCCUGUAAUGAAAUUCAAAUUCCAGGGAAUAUCUAUAGAUUUGCUGUAUGCAAGUAUAUCACUUUUGGUUGUGCCAGAAGACCUGGAUAUCUCUCAUGGUUCAGUGCUGUAUGAUGUUGAUGAACCAACUGUUAGAAGUCUUAAUGGCUGCCGUGUGGCAGAUCAAAUUCUUAAACUUGUUCCAAAUAUUGAGCACUUUCGAACUACACUGAGAUGCUUGAAGUUUUGGGCUAAAAGACGUGGUGUUUAUUCAAAUGUUACUGGAUUCCUUGGUGGUGUAAAUUGGGCUAUUUUAGUUGCUCGAAUAUGCCAGCUUUACCCUAAUGCAAUUCCUAGUAUGUUGGUUUCCCGGUUCUUCAGGGUCUAUACACAGUGGCGAUGGCCAAACCCUGUAAUGCUAUGCUCUAUUGAAGAGAAUGAACUGGGAUUCCCUAUAUGGGAUCCUCGUAGAAAUCCCCGAGAUAGAUUUCACACUAUGCCAAUAAUUACUCCUGCAUACCCUUGCAUGAAUUCAAGUUACAAUGUCUCAGCAAGUACUCUUCGUGUCAUGAUGGAACAGUUCCGCUAUGGCAAUAAGAUUUGUGAUGAAAUUGACCUCAAUAAAGCCCAGUGGAGCGCACUUUUUCAGCCUUAUAUCUUUUUUGAGGCAUACAAAAACUAUUUACAAGUGGACAUAGUUGCAUCGGACACUGAUGAUUUACUAGCAUGGAAGGGCUGGGUAGAAUCUCGAUUGAGGCUGCUUACCCUUAAGAUAGAGCGAGAUACAAAUGGGAUGCUGCAGUGCCAUCCUUAUCCACAUGAGUAUAUAGACACAUCGAAGCCAUGUGCUCAUUCUGCAUUUUUCAUGGGCUUGCAAAGGAAAGAGGGAGUAAGAGGUCAAGAAGGACAGCAAUUUGAUAUACGGGGAACGGUUGAUGAAUUUAGACAAGAAAUAAAUAUGUAUAUCUACUGGAAGCCUGGAAUGGAAAUUUUUGUUUCUCAUGUUCGUCGAAAGCAACUUCCUGCAUUUGUUUUUCCUGAUGGUUACAAACGCACUAGAAUGCCAAGACACAUAAGCCAUCCGACCGAAAAAACAGGUGAUGAUGCCACGAAGUGCUACUCUGGAUCUGGGCCAUCUGAAAGAUGCACCAAGAGGAAAAGUUACCCUGAAAUGGUGGAAAAGAAGCCAGACAAACCAGAUAAACGGGCAUCUAUUAGCCCACAGAGGUUAGAAAGUGUUUCUCCUGAAAGUUGUACUAGUAAAUCAGGUGGUACCGCUCAAAUGAGUAUUGAUAGUAUGGAAGGGGUUUGGGUAGCUGGUUCAACAACCAAGUAUGCUAACAGCAAUUGUGAAAUUAAGUCAUCUGAUGUGCUCCCAGGAAGUGGACUAAGCUCUGUCGUAGCUGACAUGCAGAUAAGUGAACCGGGCUUUGUUGACACCACACAUGAUAUGUUGAAACCGAGGAGUGUAGAAGUUCCUAAUGAGAAUGGAGUUGUCGAUGGGGACAAAGCUCAGGAUCUGGCUUUAGAUUGCUUGGAAAGUGAAGAAACCGAAUCUACUAACAAUUUUUCAAACUGUAAAGCGGGUGUCGUCGAUAUGGAUCAGCAACUAGACAAAGCAUGUAAUUUCAUCACAAGGGAUGAAUGCUCAGAUUAUGUACCAAAUGCCAGCUCCCAGAACCUCAGUUGCGAGGGUGAUGUUUGUGUGGCUGUUCCAGAUCAGUUCUGAAGAGAGUGGGUGUUUUCUUGGAAAUAGAGUAUUUCAAAAUAUCAGGGCUCAAGAAUAUAAGGUUUUGAAUUUUCUAACCUAUUUGUUUUCUCGGUAAUAGAGGCCUGUCUGAUCUUACAAUGAUACUAUUCAGUUCACCUCAUCCUUUGCUUCGUUCUUUCAUGGAAGUUACCAAAAAUUUAUAUUUAAUGAGUUUUCAGAAUAAGGAGUCUAAUCUUGUUUUGUUUUUUGGUCUGAUUUGAUUCUUUUUUGUUUGAUUUUAGCUUUGUUUGCAUAUUUAUAGGCAAAUUUAGAGUAUGGCCUGCCCUUUCUCUCUUCCCAUCUUUUUGGGUCUUAUUUCUAUGAACAACUGUUUUAAUGUUGUAUAUUUUUAUGUUUCUUUCAAGAUAAUUUGACUGUCAAUUUCCAUGGUAAUUUAAUUUCUUAGUUUUCUGACUGGUGAAUGUGUGGUCGCAGGUCCUGCACCACUAUACGUGCUAUGUUUCCAGUAACUGUGCUUAAGAACCUAACUUGUUUUGUCCAGAUUUCAGACUCAGAAGUGUUGUAAAAUUGAAGAUGGGCUAGGUGGACGAGUUUGGACUGAAUCCCAUGAUGUUUGAGAGGGUUAAUGGCUGAAAUUCCUGUCACGCUGCUACCCUGUGCAUUGUUGGUGGCUGUUGCUGUGCUGAGAUCCUGUGAGCGGGACUAAGGCUGUAAUAGAACAGUGAGAAAAGAUACAACAAAUGAUGGCAGUGAAAGAGAUUGGGGUUUGGGGUAUAUGGCAUUGCGAUGAUCGUUUGUGUACAUAGAUGAACAGCAUGACGGAGACGCUUAAAUUGUGGUCUCGUCCUGUUGUGUGAAACAUGCGCUCAUCUCAUCUUCAGAGCUCUGAAUUGUCUCAUAAACCUUAACAUAUCUACUUGGAUUUUAAAGGAGUGGGAACUUUGUAUUUUGCUUGUGACGUAGAUGUGAUCGAUACGUUAUGUAAAUGUGAAAAAUGGCUACUUCGGCUAGGUUAUUUAGAAGAGAAAGUGGUAAAACAAAAAUAUAUUGGCGGCAGAAUGGGGGUAGUCUUCCUUGUUUAUCCUUUCUUCGAAGUUUCGGUGGGAGGUUCCUUCUGUUUAUUGGGUUUCGUUGGUCUUUCAAUUUAGUGAAAACACUUUAUCUUGUGAAAAUGGUUUCUUUCAUUAGUGCUC